CUUGGAGACACGGCCCCCACUGGACUACUUGUUCUAGAUCCACCCCAUUUUCCGUUUUCCAUUUUCUUUUAUAAUAAUUUCUUUCAAUCUUCUCCACUUUGCAGCCAUUACACGCUUCUUCAUAUUCAAUUCAAUUCUUUAUUGUGUUUUCAUUGCCUAUCCCAAAUUUGAAUUGAAUCCUUCAACUACGCAAACCCUAUAAUUCAUCCCCAAAUUCUCAUCACCACAAUCUUCGAAUCACUGAUUCAAUAUACGCAUAUCAUAUACACACAUUCAUACACACACAAACGUCUAUAUCGCUACCUAAUCUUUCAUUAUCUCUCAUUGCUUUGACUUUAUUUUCCUUCUGUUUUUCUCUCUCAAUUUCAUAACAUUUCAAGGGUUUCAGAGAUUUUUCUGGAUUAAAGGUGUUUUCUACACCAAUUUUAAUGGAAACAACAGGUUUGAGCGUUGAUACCACCAAUUCUGAUGCGUAUGAGACUGAUAAUUUAGCUUCAUCAAACUCUUUAACACCGAGGAUUACGAGUCGUAGUAGUUCUUCCAGGAGGAUGUUGCCGUCUUCUUCGUUUUCUGUAAUUCGAUUUCUACAAGCGCCUGUAACUACUGUACUUGAAUAUUCUGGUGUUCUUCGACCUAGGUCAAACAACGAUUACCAUGAAUCGGAGAGUUUGAUUCAUGAUCAUCAUCAUCAUCAUGAUGCCCGUAGUUCGAGUGAUUCAGAUACGGCUACGAGCAGUAAUGGCGAUAAUGGGGAGGUUUCUAUACGGAUAAUCGGUGCGGUAGAUCCAGAAGAACAACAUGGUGGGGAGGGUGGAGAACCGGUGGCCUUGAAUGGCGGCGAUAAUGAUGGAGGAGAGAGAGAGAUGGCUGAUUCCACCGACGUAGAUGGUGAAAAUGGCAGGAGUGGGAGUCAUAGUGAUUCAUCUUAUCAACAGCGGUAUGAUAUGCAACAGGUUUCGAGGUGGAUUGAACAGAUUCUUCCAUUUUCUUUGCUAUUGUUGAUCGUGUUCAUUCGUCAGCAUUUGCAAGGUUUCUUUGUCACAGUCUAUGUAACUGCUUUCAUGUACAAGUCUAAUGAUAUUCUUCGAAAGCAGACAGCUUUAAAGGGGGAGAGAAGACUCUCUGUUCUUGGUGGUUAUUUUAUAGUUUUUAUCCUUCAUGUAAUUGGAGUAUACUGGUGGUACCAAAACGAUGAUCUUUGUUAUCCGUUGUUCAUGGUUCCACCAAGAGCAAUUCCACCAUUCUGGCAUGCUAUAUUCACCAUCCUUGUGAAUGAUACAAUGGUGAGGCAGACAGCAAUGGCUUUUAAGCUUGUAUUGCUUAUGUACUAUAAAAAUGGCAAGGGUCAUAACUUUCGUAGACAGGGUCAAAUGCUGACUGUGAUUGAGUAUGCACUGCUGUUAUACCGUGCAUUUUUACCUGCUCCAGUUUGGUAUCGAUUCUUUUUAAACAAAGAAUAUGGAAGCCUCUUUUCCUCUUUGACAACAGGCUUAUAUCUAACUUUCAAGCUUACAUCAAUAGUUGAGAAGGUUGGAUCCUUCUGGACUGCAUUGAAGGCGUUGUCAAGAAAAGAAGUCCAUUAUGGAUCCUACGCGACACCAGACCAGGUAAUUGAAGCAGGGGACAUGUGUGCUAUUUGUCAGGAAAAGAUGCAAGCUCCAGUUUUAUUACGUUGUAAACACAUUUUCUGUGAAGAUUGUGUUUCAGAAUGGUUUGAUAGAGAAAGAACAUGCCCUUUAUGCAGAGCUGUGGUGAAACCAGCAGAAAUACGUUCAUAUGGGGAUGGAUCCACGACUUUGUUUUUCCAGUUGUUUUAAUUUUUUUUGGUUUAUAAUUCUUGAAAUACGCAAGUUAUAACCCGAAUUACAGUAAAAGAGUAGAGUCCUAACAUUUUUUUACACUAAAGUUGUAGUUAUUAAUGUUUUAAUAUAUUUACAAUGUACAUGAGAUACAAUUUUCAUGCAUUC